CCAGCGCCAUCCUUUUCAAUGUGGCUAGGCUUAGCCCUCCUUCACAAAAGGACAUCCAAAACUGCGCAUUACCUUGCAGCUUGCUCUGGAGUACCUUCCCUAUACCAGUCUGCCCCACUAACAUGCUUUCUCUUUUUAGGGCAUUUCUUAAAAUCUAUCUCUUUGAUCAAGCCUUUGGUCAACUCUGCUUUUUUUCUUUUUUAUUCACUUUGUGGGACACGGCAUCACUGGUUGGCCGGCAUUUCCUUCCCAUCCCUAAAUACCCUUGGACUGACUGGCUCCCUCGGGCCGUUUCAGAUGGCAGUUGAGAGUCAACCACAUUGCUAUGGGUCUGGAGACAUGUAGAGGCCAGACCAGUGAACCUGAUUGAACUUACUUUUCACUACUGUGACCAUUACUUCUGAGACAUCAGUAUGCAGUGUGAAUGUGGGUGUUCGUCUAAGCCACGACUAGGAAAGCAAGAACGUUCCGAGUGCAAACUAGGUUCUUCUGUAGUAUGCCUUUGAAGGAGCUGAUAUAAGAGAACCAUAAUGCGAAGCAGUGGGUGGAAGAACAUAGAUUGAUAGCCUAUAGAACAAAGACCUGAAGAUGUCUGUGCUAGACACCAGGACAUCAGAAAAUAAGAAAGUUGCCAACAAGAUGAUUUUUGACUUUCAACAAAAUGCACCAUCAGACAAUGACUCUGGCUGUGCCUUGGAAGAGUACGCAUGGGUUCCCCCUGGACUCAAACCCGAGCAGGUGCAUCAGUACUUUCGCUGUUUACCUGAAGAAAACAUUCCAUAUGUCAACAGCAUUGGAGAGAAAUUCCGUAUCAAACAGCUCCUGGAACAGCUCCCACCCCAUGAUAAUGAUGAGAAAUACUGCCAAUCGCUGAGUGAAGAGGAGAAGAGGGAGUUGCGUGUCUUCAGUGGUCAGAGGAAGAGGGAAGCACUGGGACGUGGAAUUGUUCAGGUGUUUCCUUUAACUGCCACUGGAGCACUCUGUGAAAAGUGUGGGGGGAAGAUAAACGGAGGGGAUGUUGCUGUCUUUGCUCAGAGAGCUGGGAACCGCACCUGCUGGCACCCGUACUGCUUCGGAUGCAUCACCUGUCAGGAGCUGCUGGUGGACCUCAUUUACUUUUACCAGGAUGGGAAGAUAUACUGCGGCCGGCACCAUGCCGACCUCUUUAAACCACGCUGUGCAUCAUGUGACCAGUUGAUCUUUGCUGAAGAGUGCACAGAGGCAGAAGGCAGAUAUUGGCAUAUGGACCACUUCAGCUGUACCGAAUGUGAAGUAAUUCUCGGAGGACAGAAAUACAUCAUGAAGGAAGGGCAACCAUAUUGCUGUGGCUGUUUUGAGACACUUUACGCAGAAUACUGUGAAACCUGCAGAGAGAUAAUUAGUAUUGACUAUGGGCAAAUAACAUUCAGUGGUCAACACUGGCAUGCAACCAGCUCUUGCUUUUCAUGUACUCAAUGCAAGAAGCCCCUCUUAGGCUGCAGUUUCACCUCCCGGCACGGGCAAGUCUUCUGCUCUAUCAUGUGCAGCCAGUUGGAAGAACCUACAGGAUCAGAUUCCUCAGACUCUGCUUUUCAGUCAACACAGUCCCAAGAAUCAAAUUGUAUUUUCAGUCUUGGAGAAGACCCCGUAGCCAACAACGCUUCACCCCUGCAGAAUCGGCACUGCAACCAAACCACUGAAACACUGCCAAGGGACAAUGUAGACUGCAUCCUUCAACAUGUCAACAUUCUCAGCAUCAAAGACCGAGCGACAGACAGCAAGGAUCAUCCUACGUCCGAGUUCAAGAAGCAAUGCAAGAGUUCCAUUAAAAUUCCACACUGGCAGGGAGAGGUGUUGGAAACAGACACGGAGCCUCAAAACGAGGUAAAGAUGCCAGAGGUGUGGGCAUCAGAGAAUGACAAUCUCACAAAAGACAAAGGCUGUAAGAUAGAAAUUUUGACCUACAGCCAAGAACCUAGCAAACGAAGUGAUCAUUCUGCUCCGUUAUGUAAUUUUAAUUGGCUAAAAGGUGGACUUGAAAAUGCCAUGAAAGUCAUUGACAACACGUCUCUAACUAGUAAUGGGCAUGAGUUUCAGCCUGUGGAAGACCAAAGGAUGAAGAAAACAGUGGCUACAGAGACUUUGGUUCUUGAUCAAAGCUUGGCUUUCAAACAUAGACUGGACAUGUGCUGCAUUGACCAGGAAGAGCAACCAGGGGAUGUAUUGGACAGUCCCACCAAAUCCUCUUGGAACAAACAGAAUCAAUGGCUGGGUACUCAAAUUGGUUCAGACCAUCCUGCUCAGGAUCAGCAAGCAUUACCUCAGGGAGACCAGGUGACAGAACAGAGAACUGGGAGAAGCCGACAAGAUUCCUUGGCAAUGAUUCAGGCUGCAGGGGCUUCCAAUGAAGACAAGUACAAGUGGCAAAAACCACUCAGGCCUGACCAAGAAUACAACAACAAGGCAGAAAAGGAAUUUGAAAUGCAGAGCAACUUUGGAAUUCUUAAAUCUUUCCCUCAUAAAAGAAGCAGCGACUCCCUCCAUUCUUUGAACUCCCAGCAACCAGAGGGCAUGGUACAAAAGUCAAAGUGGAAGCAAGAGUCCGUGUCUCCAGUGAGGAGAACUGCAGCCCAAAUCAGACCCCAGCAAAUCACAUUUUGUGAUACCGCAUUUCUGAAGCCCAAGGCAAGGUCCAGGUGUCACCAGACACCCAUGAGUGAGCAAACACGAAGGAAGGUUUACAGGCAUAAAGGCAACCACCGGAGCCACCAUCAUCAAUCCAGAAGAGUUCAGAGAUCGUGUUCAGAUGAGGCUCUUCACACGAUCACCGAGAGAUCCCUGGAGAGUGCGAAUAACAAUACUUUCUUGGAGCAUUACAACCAGCUCGUACAGACAGCCAUAUGCCAGAAGCCCCAAGCUAAGAUUUCUCAAAACCAACAAGCCUUUUAUAGGGAAGGAGAUAAUGGUCUUCAGAACAUCGCCUUGAAUAAUUUCCUUGGCUUGUGCUGUGAAGAUGAUGAUGGCUGCUGCUCCACGUGCUCCUCCUCUUCCUCCGAUUCCGAAGAGGAGGGCUAUUUUCUUGGACAGCCAAUCCCACAGCCCAAAACGAGCAAUGGUUGCCGUUUGCGGCAGGAGCCUUGUCAAUCAAAUGUUGUGCCUGACAUCAGGCUGGCACAGAGUGCCAAGUCGCAGAGGAAGAGAGAGCACAAGAACAAAAACUGCACUGUUUCAUAGGCAACCUCUUCAAAGUCAUCCAAAACAAGUCUGUGUAUUUAAACCCACACUGAAUUAGACAUUCCAGAAUGGAAGAUGGAUUUGAAGAGAUUGUUUCUCCUGGUGACUUAAGGAAGCUUUGUUUUGAUGGCAAUUUCUCCCUACCCCGCCCCUGUGUAUACUGGGUAAAAUUCCAUUGCUGGACUAGAUUCCCAUUGCCAAUAGGGAACCAUGCUCAACCGGUCAGUGUGUAAGUCUGGACAAUAACUUUAGCAUACUCUUCUGAUCAUGAGAUCAUGACAGUGAACAUACACACAUACAGAGUGCAGCAUUAAACACAGAAGAUAGAAACAGAAUGUUGGCUGAUGCACUGCAUCUUGGUCCUGCACAGCCAGCAAUAAUGAUACUAUUGGACUACCAUCCAAACCGGAAACAGCUAAAUCAGUGCAGGAGGAAUUGAAUCUGGGACUCCCUGCUCUGGACGCUAAUUUUAACCCCAUCAUUGGUUCUUCAAUCCCAUUAAUCAACUCUUUGACUUAAUUACAAAAUCAUUUUCCAUCAUCUUUAGAAGGCAGUAUUCCCCAUCUACAACCGGUCCAUUAAACUCAGUUAAGGCCACGUUGCCUAUGUAAUCAGCCUUACUGUUACUCUUUGGGCAAGGAUACCAGGUUCAUCUUAGAUUAGAUUCCCUACAGUGUGGAAACAGGCCCUUCAGCCCAACCAGACCACACCGACCCUCUGAAGAGU